AUGCUCGCACGCCUUGGUCUGGUAGGGCUUGUGGCCACUUGUGCCUCAGGGGCCUAUGUGCAAUGGCAGGACUGUGACGGACCUUCAAGCAAGACAGAUGUCUUCGUUCCCCAGAGUCUGAGCGCCACUUUGGUGCCAUCAGACGACGGUCGCCAUAACCAGUUGACUCUCCGAGUCGGGAGAUGGCUGGAAGAAGCGGAAUGCCAUGACCUAGCCCGAAUGAUGCCCUCUGCGACAAUAGAGUUCGAGAUGCUAGGCCGGUCUGCCGCGUAUCGUACCACGACCAAGGCAAUAUGUCAGAAGCUCAACUUCUCCAAGAAUUGGCGCUCACCGCUGGUCCAUCCAGCCAGCCUAUAUCUGUCUGUCUCGGAAGAUAUCGGCUAUCUGCCACCGUUGUCAACGUUCCACACGACUCUGCACCUAGAGGGAAACGACUCGGAAGAGAUCAGCUGUCGGAAAGCAAAUAUCACUCCGGCCCUCAGUUCAACCGUCACCUCAAUCGUCACUUACUCGACGUGGGCCGUCUUUGUCUUCAUACUUUUUGUCGGCAUCCUACGCUCUGCUCAUAGCACUCCGAUUAUAUUGCAUGAUGUGGAUGACGAAGAACGACGCUCCAUCGGCAUGGUUCUACCAAAUGUGGGGGACUGUCUCCAGUAUCUUCAAUUCAUCUUCUUGACUGGCGGGCUCAGUUUGCGGUAUCCUGGCUUCUACCAACCUGUGGUUAGCCACCUCAAUUUGUUCUCUCUCUUUGUCAACGGCCCAAUCACCCAUGGAGUGGUGUACGAUAGGGUUGAGGACGGUAUCUACGUAAUGAAUGGCACGUACGGCGGUACAUUUGGCCUGGAACUGAUGACACAGAUCGCUGGCGCGCCGAUGACAAUGGACACAUGGUUGAACAUGGUCGUCCUCAUGUUCAUCAUAGCCGCAGGUGUCGCCUUGGUCCUCGAGGUCUUCUGGUUCAUUAAACGGGCCUGUGACUCCGACAGCGAGUUUCCACGGUCGGCCGGUGGCAUGAGAGACACAUGUAGUCGCGUCUUGCAUGGUAUGUUGUCAUAUUUCAUGUUUCCACUUGCAGCAUUGUCUUUUUACCAGCUUGAUAAUGCCUCUACCCUACCCGCGUACCAUACAUCAAUGGCUGUCGCCCUCAUUGUCGCCAUGAUGGCCGCUUUUAUCUGGCUCAUCCGGCAGAUUCCUACUCGCAGCCUAGGCAUUCUAGUUUUCGAUAGCACCAAGCGUUAUCAACAACUCCCCGCUCCGGAUGAUUUUCGCCGUCGGGAUGGAACCUUCAUCUUCGUGUUAUUUGCCCUCGCCUUUGUCAGAGGCGUAGCUGUCGGUGGCUUGCAGAUCUCCGGGCCUGCUCAACUGGCCGUCCUCGGCGCAUGCGAGCUUGUGCUCUUGGCUAGCAUUGCCGGGUUCCAAGCAUACUCGACAUUCUCCAUCGGCAGCAUUGCAGCGGCCACCAGGCUUUGCAGCUUGAUUUUCCUGAUCGCAUUCCUACCCGGACUUGCCACAACGAACGGGGUCAAGAGUGUCAUCGGAUAUCUACUUCUAGCUGUUCAUGGUGGUAUGCUCUUACUCGGCUUUUUUAUCCCUUCCGUGUGUAAGCUGUCGCGACUUGUCAGGAGCUGGUGGACAGCACCGCAACCUGAGAUCUAUGGUCUUCGCCAGCUCCGUCGACGCGAAGUGUCGAGAACAAACCUUGCCUCAAUGCACACUGCUCGCACGCCAGACACACCAUAUCCAGAGCCGAGCGCCGUCGAGGAACCCAACGCGGGCUACCUCCGACCGACGUAUCGGGCGGACAGUCCCAGUACUACUCGUCUAGAUUCCUCAACUACCUCGAGUCGAUACUUCCGUCCGCCGCGAUCCAGCGCGUCUGUCUCGUCUGUCGAGAACCCGCGCAGUCUAGGCUCCUCCUUGUACAGUUCUUCUACGCCUUCAAAAACGGCGUCGACAUCAACGACGUUUUUGGACCAGCGUUCUGCUCAGCAAUCCGGGUCAAUCAUUUCGCCCAGUCGAUUGUCCGAGCCGACCGAGGAGGAGUCCAAUUCGUUGUCCCAGAGGUCGCCCGCCAGGCCCAGUGAUGAACCUCUCGGCCCACGGUGGAACGACUAUUCCUUCCGGGAAGCGGAUCUCUAUUACAACGUACCUCCCCCGCCGCCAGCAGAGAGGGCAUCAGAGGAAUUGCCCAUAACGCCAGCUGCCCGGUCCUCUUUCCGAUCUUCGUCUGGGCUAUGGGCAAGAGUCACUGGCCAAUCCGGGACGGGUGAACAGGGUUUCCAAGUUUCUCGACCUCGACCGGCCUCGGAGCAGGGUUUCGUGGUUGUUCGACCCGUUAGACCGAGUAAUCUUGGCAACGGUGCUCCUGGCAGUGUGCCCAGAGCAUCACAAUAA